AUGACUUUGUUCACAGCCCAAAAUUUCACCCACAUGUCCCAAACGCGUCUACCCCCGGAAGUCUGGCUUAAUAUCGUGAGAUAUUCUUCACGCCACGAUGUCCUCUACAAUUUGAGCUACGUAUCCAGUGAGUUCAAUCGAUAUGCUAACACUCUUCUAUACUGCUCGAUCGAGUGGGAAUGGCAGGAGGUCCCUUUCCACUGCAUCCUCAGGCUGUUGGAAAACCUCGUGACCUACCCCGAAUUGGGCAGAUACAUCUGCUAUCUCAGGAUUGAACGAACCGAUCCUUUUCUCAAUUACGACUGGGAGCCGCCGCGGCGCGAGCGGUACUGGAGAUAUCGUGUCCCUUCAGAGCACGGGGAACUCUAUCAGCGUUUGCGCAAUCACAUAUUCGACUUGAAUCUGCCAGACACGACUAGGUGGGUCGAAGAAGUCCGCCACGGCAAUCCGUAUGUAUUUGUGGCAUUGACCCUUUCGUUCUGUUCUAACCUGCGGUAUCUGAGUCUAGAUUACUCUUUUGUACAGAUGGGUGGCUGGCCCGGGCGGCUGAUUACAGCCGCCUACAAUGCUACUCCAGCUGCUCACCCACGGCUGCCUCGAACUUCAAGACGGCGAUCUUCGAGUUUGCGACGGGGUCGGCAGAUGGCAGGGUCGGGAGUCCGUGGAAUCCCGAGAUUCGAGAUGCUGGAAAAGGUCUUUUAUGGGCAUAAUGUCCCGGACACCUGGCACAGGGGAAAUAGCGGUCCAUUGUAUCCCCAAGUCCAUCCGCAUCAGUUCCAGGGCUUGUUCUACCUCCCUGCCGUCUGGUCUCUUGGGGUCUGGCUGCGCCACCCACCGACCUUCGCUGAAUCUCCGCACAGGGUCCUGAAUAUUGGCAGGAUUCGGGACCUGUGCAUUGUCCGCGCCACAAUUCAAGAAACAGAUAUAGAACAAAUUCUUCGACGAGCCACCUCGGUUGUCUGGCUUCAUUUAGGCUUGUCAUACCAUCCGGUCACAGGCCGGCCGUUUCAAACCCCGGGAAACCCUGUUCUCAACGGUCUCUUAGCUGUUCGGGAUACAGUCGCGCUCUUGUCUGUCGGGGUGGAGUACGAAAUCAUCGGCUUCAGACAUGCACUUACUGACCAAGACCGCCGCAACUGGGCCCAGUUCUACGGCUUCCUCCACCAGUUUCGGCGAUUGGUUGACGUGGAGCUUCCAAUACAGAUGCUUUUAGGCGUCAACGGACAUCCUACUGCUGACAGGCCAACUUUGGGCUCGGUCCUCCCACCGACAGUCAGCGAACUCGUGAUACGGUGGGACAAUUGGCGGGCCUGGCCCGGGUGGACCAGGGGUCAGAUCCUGGGCGCUAUCCAGCAGCAUCUGCUAAACACAUUGUAUUUGACGCCUGAACUGGAGAUCGUGACGGUGCGCAUGUGGCGGGGGCUACCCGUCUUCCCGCGGGACACUCAACUCCUAAGGGAACAAAUGUUGGGCGCCACUGGUGUUGAGGUUGCCGAGUAUACAGACGCAAUGACUCGAGGUCUGAUGCCAACGCGGCCCGGACCUUUGGCCUGGUAG